AUAUCUAUGGAUAACAGCACUGAAGUCACGCAGUUCAUCCUUCUAGGACUAACCAAUGUCCCUGAGCUGCAGAUCCCCUUCUUUAUAAUAUUCACUUUAGUUUACCUAAUCAAUAUGUUUGGGAACCUGGGAAUGAUUGUGCUGAUUGUAUUGGAUUCUCAUCUCCACACGCCCAUGUACUUCUUCCUCAGUAACUUGUCUCUAGGGGACCUUUGUUACUCCUCAGCUGUCACUCCCACAUUGUUGGCUGGGCUUCUUAUAGGAGACAAUACCAUCUCCUACAAUGCAUGUGCUGCUCAGAUGUUCUUUUUUGCAGUAUUUGCAACUGUGGAAAAUUUCCUUUUGGCCUCCAUGGCCUAUGAUCGUUAUGCAGCAGUGUGCAAACCCCUACAUUACACCGCCACCAUGACAGUAAAUGUGAGUGCUUGUCUGGCCAUAAGUUCCUACACCUUUGGCUUCAUAAGUGCUUCCAUUCACACUUGGGGUGCCUUCAGCUUGUCUUUCUGCAUGUCCAAUGUAGUCCAUCAUUUUUUCUGUGAUGUUCCAGCAGUCAUGGUUCUCUCUUGUUCUGAUCGACGUGUUAAUGAGUUGGUUCUUAUUUUUGUGGCGACCUUUAAUAUAUUUUUUGCUCUUCUCGUUAUCUUGGUUUCUUACCUAUUCAUACUCGCCACUAUCCUAAAAGUGCGCUCAGCAGAAGGUUAUCGGAAGGCUUUAUCCACCUGUGCUUCUCACUUCAUUGCAGUCUCCAUCUUCUAUGGGACAGCCAUCUUCAUGUACCUACAACCCAGCUCCAAUCAUUCCAUGGACACAGAUAAAAUGGCAUCUGUGUUCUACACGACGGUCAUCCCCAUGCUGAAUCCCCUUGUUUAUAGCUUGAGGAACAAGGAGGUCAAGAAUGCGUUCAAAAAGGUUGUUGAAAAGGUGAAAUUGCCUGCUGGCUUAAGAUCUUAA